UUGGGUGUAGUGUAGCGUAAUAAUAUAGGGGUUGUUCUUCAACAUUCUUGGAAGGAUACUAAAUGACCAUCGUGUACCUGAUAGUGAAGUUGCAUUGAUACAAACUAAAACAAAGGAGCAUAUAAGUCAAAAUUCCUUAGAUAUGAGGCCAUUGACGUACUUAUAGACAAGUGAUCUUGACAGCCGACACAUGACAUUGGGGAUAUUAUGCUGUCACACUCAUACUGUCAUUACGGUAAAGCAGACAGGAUGGAGUGCGCUCUCUCAAAUGCGCCCAAAUGGGGGUAAAACGUUUACUGCGAACCCCCAAAGCAAGUGUCGGGGUUUUCUACCGGCCAUGUACAAUCAACUGGAGUAUAUUGUGAUUACAAUUUGGCGGCGUCUAGUCAUAAAUCCCGCGUAGGAUGUUGGUUUCAGGUGUUGUGUAAUACAAGGUAUAAUGUUUGUACCUUUCUUUACAAUAGUGGUGAAAUCCACGGAAUGUUCCACAUAGGAACAGCUGACGACAAUGCCGCACCGAAAAUAUGAACGAGAUAUGAAGGAUUACAAGAAGUAUCAUUAAAUCAAAUGCUUGCUAAUUAACAAUCAGGGUAAAGACGGGAGGUUAGAGGGCACGUGCCUCCUGCUCUCCUCUUCCAGAGUGUGACUCGUCGGUCCCCACGACGUCACCAAUGCGACCAUGGGAAAUAGCAGUGACUAGGCGGCCACCGACAGCCCCCUUGAACCAGAGGAGGUUCCUAGGAGAGCCCUGCAACACCCCAGUGCACCUCAGGAGAAGCCCGCCAGUGAGACGACAGUGGGGGAGUCGAGACCGACCGGUCGUACUGCACGACUCCUCGCUCCAGGAUGAGAACUUCCACCACCCUCUCUUCUCCCAGCAACAUCAGCGGGUUCUUUUAGAUGAGGCCAGACAGUACAGCCACGCCAGUGCCCCGGCACGCAUGCUCCACCCUGCCACACACCCACCUCGGCAUCAACAGACCCCCAUCAUGGUGGAGCUACACGACCAGGGAUCCGUUCCCAUCUCUUACACUGUUACCACGGUGACGACGCACGGUUUCCCCAUCCACACCGGGCAACCUCUCCCAGGGUGCAACAGUCAGCAGCUCCCAGCAUGCUCGGUAAUGUUCAGCGGACAGCUCUCUCUGCUCUGCUGCCUUCCUCCUCCUCUCAUCCAAGCCUGUACAAUGCAGCAUUUGCCAGUGUCUUACCAAGCUUUCCAACCCCUGAUCUCCAGCGAACAUUUUAUAUUGCACCCCAACCCCCCGGGGCCACCACCCCACCAGCCUCCUCACCUCACUCCUCUCAGCCAGUUCCUCCCUCUCCAGAGGCUGCACCCACGCAUGCCUCUCCAGAGGGUAGAGAAUGAAGUGGACCUCAGGGGGGACCAGCAUCCAUUAGGAACGUUCUCUUACCCUGCCUCGAGCCUCCACCACCCACCAGCGAUGCCUCCCUCUGUCCCCCUCCAGUACCUCCCUCAGGAGCCUCUGCACCAAGAGAUGCCCUUCCCAGUGCCAUACCCCCACAUGCUGCCGCCACGUGUCAGUGGUCACAGGUACCGGUUACAGCAGCCCCUGCCCCCCCCGCCGCCGCCGCCGCCACCCUACUACCCAGGCUUCCUGCCCUACUUCCUGUCAAUGCUUCCUGUGCCUCCCACAGCAGUGGGACCAGCCAUCAGUCUGGACCUGGAUGUAGAUGAUGUGGAGAUGGAGAACUAUGAGGCAUUACUGAACCUGGCUGAAAGGCUGGGAGAGGCUAAACCACGAGGAAUCACCAAGGCAGACAUCGAGCAGCUUCCAUCCUACAGGUUCAGCCUCGACAACCAUCAAUCUGAACAAACGCUGUGUGUGGUGUGCUUUAGUGACUUCGAGUGUCGGCAGCUGCUGAGGGUAUUACCCUGCAACCACGAGUUCCACGCCAAGUGUGUCGACAAAUGGUUAAAGACCAAUCGCACUUGUCCAAUCUGCCGGGCAAACGCGUCAGAGGUGCACCGCGAGGUGGAGUGAGUGAUACCCAGGCUUUUGGAUCUUUGAUUGGAAAGCAGCACAAAACUAAACUCACAGAGUCUGUCUGUCUUAGCGCCUGCCUCAGCCUGCCUGGGGACGUCUGCCACCUACCCUGUCUGCGUCCCCCCCCCCACAACUACCCCUGCCCCACCUCAACAACAAUAAGCAAUCUAAGAUUGCAUGUUCGAGGCCCUUCCCUCAGUCGUACCUCUGUUGUGCUUCUACUGCUGCAUCUGAUGAAAAAGCUAUAGCCUGCUAACAACCCAUAGUCACAGAGUUGUCCUGUCAGUCCGUCUGUCUGCCUGGGAUCCACCACCUCGAUCUGCUCCUCUGCCUGGGAUCCACCACCUCGAUCUGCUCCUCUGCCUGGGAUCCACCUCCUCGAUCUGCUCCUCUGCCAGGGAUCCACCUCCUCUGCCUGGGAUCCACCUCCUCGAUCUGCUCCUCUGCCAGGGAUCCACCUCCUCUGCCUGGGAUCCACCUCCUCGAUCUGCUCCUCUGCCAGGGAUCCACCUCCUCUGCCAGGGAUCCACCUCCUCUGCCUGGGAUCCACCUCCUCGAUCUGCUCCUCUGCCUGGGAUCCACCUCCUCGAUCUGCUCCUCUGCUUGGGAUCCACCUCCUCGAUCUGCUCCUCUGCCUGGGAUCCACCUCCUCGAUCUGCUCCUCUGCCUGGGAUCCACCUCCUCGAUCUGCUCCUCUGCCUGGGAUCCACCACCUCUGCCUGGGAUCCACCUCCUCGAUCUGCUCCUCUGCCUGGGAUCCACCACCUCGAUCUGCUCCUCUGCCUGGGAUCCACCUCCUCGAUCUGCUCCUCUGCCUGCCCCAGUGUUGCAGAUUCCAAAGAUGUGACCUACCAUAUGUUAUUAUCGUCGUAGGGCUUUUACGUUUACAAGUUGUUGUUGUUUCGUUAUCUUGUGGUUUUGGUUAGUUCUUUGUUACAGAGGAGUGUUGUAGUUUCCUGCAUUGGAGAUGGGG